UGAAAUAUAGUUGUAGAAAGCUAUCUUCAUUCGAUUAAAACAGUUUGAAAAAAUCCGACAAUCUUAUGAAGCCCGAGAGUUUUUCUGGGAAGUAAUUUUUGUUAAUUAUUUAAUAAUAUUAUGCUAUGUACCGAACGCGUUCAAUAUUACACGGUUGCCAACAUGAGGCGUGGCCGUACGCGGAUAUCGGUACUGAUAACAGAUAACAACGAACGACGUCCACGCGUGAGAACAAAUCACGCACGACAAUGGGCGGUGCCUUACUUAGUAAACGGUCGUGAUUGGCGCAAAGGCGGAGCCUUCGCAAUAGUAUCGACGCAAUAAUGCACAACGCCUAUUGACCGGUGGUGCGGAUCACAAAUUCGAUUAGAACGUUCAAGACUCCCGAACGAGAAAGAAGAUCGUAAAGGAAAUAAAGGAAUUACAUCAAAAAUAGAUAAUUAUAGCUCACUGGACAAGGAGGACCUCCCUAAAAAUACUGAAAUGCACUCAUCAAUAUUUAAAGAUAAGUGGUAUUAUUGUCAUCUGCUCACUUUUUCUUGUAGUAUUACUAUAUAGGUAUUAUAUUUUAUGAUUAGUAACUUAGGUAGGUACUCGUUAAUUAUUAUAUAGCUGUAAUGGUUUUUCGUAGCUAUAUAUCUAGGUAUAUUAAUGAAAACUGUUGUAGGUAUUUGCAAUAAUAUGAAAAUAGAAUUUAAAAUAAUAAAUAAUUAGAAUAAUAUUUUUAAACUAUACCUACAAAAUAUACUGCACCUAACAGGGACGUACACAGGGGGGUGUUUUGGGUGUUCAAACACCCCCCGAAAUAUUUGGUUUUUGUAUGGUUAUUUAUUUAUUAAAUUUCAAUAUUAAUUUUUAUAUUAUACUUUAAUAGACAGGUAUAAUAUUACAUUGUGUUUAUGAAAAACCUACUAAAGGAAAAUAAAAUUAUACCUAUUGUGUAUUGACGUGGGUAAAAAGAAUUCUAAAAUGUGCACAGACAUGGGAAAUACCAAAACUAUACAUGACGGAACAAUUACUGCGAAUUGUAGUGUUAUAAUUUAUAAAUAAUGACGUUUCUAUUCGCUUGCGUUCGUUCGUGUUCGGGCUCUAAUGUAAACGCACCUUUAUAAUAUUUUGUUAUCGACAUUAUCGUUAAUGUUUUUGUUUUGUAUCUGAAACGAGGCACGAAAAGUGACAAUAUUAUACUAUUUUAUUUCUUAACUCUCAAGUUGGUUUAUAAUAUUAUACUAAUAUAAAGUAUGGAAUCGUCAAAAAAAAGAAACACUUUACUUUCUUAUUUCUCAACAAAUAAAAAAUCUCGAACUGAGAAUAAUGAGGUGCGUGAUAGUUUUUAUUUUUUUUGUUUAUUAAUAUUUUAACUUGUUUUCUAAUGUUGAUUGUUGCGCUAUUUAGGCACCAGCAGAAAUAGAAAUUGAAUGUUUAUCGACAUCGCCAACGUCAAAAUCUGUAGUAGUAGACAGUCAACUUGACCCCCCUAAUGACGUGGCUAAUUUUUGUCGAAAAUCACUAAAUGAUAACUAGAAAUAUGAACUUAUUGUAAAAGCAUGGGUACCUGAUAUUACCUGUAAAUUUCCAACUUCAAGUAAAUGGAAAUUAAAAUUUCAACAUUCUUGGUUGCGGUCUUUUCCUUGGUUGACGUAUUCAGCAAUCGAGGACGGAGCCUAUUGUAGAAUUUGCGUCUCAUUUUCCCAAAAAAAUGCAGUUGGAAGAAACCCCUUGAAAAAUUUAAAGAACAUCAAAAUAAAUUAUCCCAUAACCGAGAAGAUUUCCUGUGCUUUGUUCCAGUUGAGAUUGUUACAGGGGAAGGACUUGCAAAUACGCUUCUGACCACUUUAAAUGCCCUUGGUGUAAACACACUUUUUAUGAAAGGACAAGGUUACGAUGGAGCGCGUGCCAUGAGUGGACAAUACAAUGGUUGUGCAGCUAUAAUUAAAAAAAUCUGUCCAGAGGCUGUUUAUGUGCACUGUGCUAAUCACAACUUAAAUUUAGCAAUAACACAUGCUAAGGUGGGUGGAACAUUUAAACUCACUCAGUUUAUUCUAUGAUGUUUUUGAAUAUAUAUGCUCUGCGCUUGAAGAACUGGAAGUAACAACCUGUAAAGUUGAUGGAGUACAACCACACACUCUUCUUUUAUCAAUUUGUACACCUCAAUUUAUUGUUGCAUUAUUAGUACUAAAACCGAUUUUUAGCUUGACUAAAAAUCUUAGCUUAUCAUUGCAAAAAGUAGAUUGCGAUUUAAGCAGUUGCGUUCAGUAUUCAAAUAAUUUGUAUGAAGAAAUCAAUCAGAUGAGAGAAAAUGCAGAAAGUAAUUUUAAAAACGUAUUUAAACAAGCUAUGGAAAUGGCAGAAAAAACCGGUGUCCAAAUGAUCAUUCCUCGGCGUGUUAAAAAUCAAAUACAUCGUGAAAAUUAUGCAGGCAACCCUGAAGCAUAUUAUCGUAAAUCGAUAUUUAUUCCAUUUUUAGAUCAUUAUCUGGAUCAAUUAAGCUCAAGAUUUCUUGACCAUAGUACACUACUUUUAAAAAUACAGAAUAUUUUGCCGUCGAAAUGUAUAGCGUUGGAUACAGAUGGAAUUAAAGAAACAGCACACACUUUAAUAAUAGAAUGGCCAAAUGAGAUACUUGGAACAUCAGAGGACUUAAUAGCCGAAAUAGUUAUGUGGCGAAGGCAUUAUUUGGGCAUGCCAAAUGAAAAUCGACCAGUAUGCUUUAUCCAAGCUCUAAACCAAUGCAAUUCGACACUGUACCAAUCAGUUCAUCGAUUUUUGCGUAUUGGUGCAACGCUCCCAGUAUCCGUAGCUACAAGUGAACGCUCGUUUUCUUCCCUUCGUAGAUUGAAAACGUAUUUACGUAACAAAACAGGCGAAGAAAGAUUAAAUGGAUUAACAUUGUUAAAUGUACAUAGAGACAUAGAAGUGAAUUGUGAAGAUAUCCUUAACAUAAUGGCUAAAACUACAAGAAAAUUAGAUUUAGUAUUGUAAUUUUUUUUGUUUUUAUUUUAAAAAAGUAUUGUAAGUACUAAGUAUAACUAAUUUUCUUAAAAAAAUUUCGUAUGUUUAUUAAAAAAAAAGUUCUACUUUUCAGCAACUGAUUUUCAAAAACAACCCCCGAAACUUUUUUCUGCGUACGUCCCUGCGGCACCUAAUAAAUAAAUAAUACAAUUGUUAACAUUUUACUAACUACAAAUAAUAAUAAAAAAAUACAAAAACAAUAUUAAAAUAAUAUGAAUAAUAUUAUAAAUUAAAUACAAUAUAUCUACUUGUAAAACAUUAAAAAAAAAAAAUGUAUUAAUAUUUUUUUUAAUUGAUAAAUACUGAGUUUUUUUAUACAACAUUAAGGGUAUAACAUUAGGUAUAUGAAUCAAAUUAUAUUUGAAUUACCUACAUAAUUUUUCACCAAGUACAACGUAGAAAAUUUUAAUAUAAUAGGUACUGC